CUGAGUCCACAUGCAAAAAUACAGAAAAUAUUUAUUAAACAGCUUUAAAUUGGUGCAUUUUUUUUAUAAAGCAGUUUGCAUAAUGCUUGAAGCUGCAAAAUAUUUGAACUUAAAAUUAGAGAUUUUUUUUAAAGAUAUGGCUUCAAGUUGGAAUGAUUUCACAAUCAAAUAAGGACCAGCACAUCAUAAACACUGAAAAAAAUUACAAACAGGACUUACACUCUCCCACCAACCAAACAGCAGAAAAAAUACAAGUGCAAUUACUGGCUGCUAUGUGAACUGUUACCUACCAAAUGGUUUUCUUACAGUACUGAGAUCUUUGACUCCAUACUGCAUGCUUUCAACAAAUGUGGUUUUCAUUUCACCCAAGAAACACAGGAUCUCCUUUUUAAUAUCUAUAUUAAAAAAGCUAAGUGUUUGACAUUCAGUUGUCUCUAGUAAAUAGCUGCAAGGAAGCAAAAUGUUCAAAGUUGGAAACAAAUAAAGAAUUACUACCCUGCAGUGGUCAAAUUCAUAUCAAAUUCCUAAGAUGGAAAUCCACAGGUGCAGAAAGAAAGGUUUUGGAGAAAGGCAAAAUGGUAGAUUGAAGUAUGAAAACUUUAAAGUGGGUGAGAACUAUGUGGGAAAUAUGAUUCUUUGAAUGUUUUUGAAAAGUAAGGCAAUGUCUUGUAAAGACGGCACUGGGAAAAUGACAGAUUCCAUGGUGGCCUGAGAGGUCAGGAAAAGAGAAUGCAUGAUGUGCUGUGCUCAGUUAUGUCUUCAAGAAGAAAGAAGGACUUGGAGAAAUGGGCAUGUGGAAAAAUGUGAUAAGCAGAGAAAUAGUUGAACAUGAAUAUUUGGAAAUCAUUACAUCCUCUCAGGUGAAAUAAAAGAAUAUCAUCAUUAGCAAAAAUGGCACAACCUCAACCAGCAGAGGUAGAUAAACAAUCAUUGACCACCUGAACUGCGAGGAAAAUUUGGGGUGAAGCACACACUGAAAAAGUAGAAGUUGCAAAGACCUGUUUAAGAGAAUGGUUAGAAAAUGAAAAAAUAUUACUCUUUCAAAGAGGGAAAAACAAAUCAAUACUUCAGAACUGGAAAGACAAUAUGAAGAAAUAGAUAAUUUUAAUUAUUUCUGAAAUGUUGAGGCAAGAUGCGAACAUUAAGAGCACAAUAUUAGAAGAUCACUUUCUCCUUCCCUCACAUUUUCUUGAAAAUCAUAUUUGUGACAUAAGUCUACUCCCAUGGACACACUGAACUCCAACAUGAAGUAGCUGGUUACAAUAAGACAUCACAUGAAGUGGAAAUUAUGAUUGACAAAAAUAACAUAAGGCAAUGAGCAACUAAGGAAGGACAGAGGAAGCUGUUGAAGGUGCUGGAAUCAGCCUCAGAAGCAGCAAGUUUUCUGAGAUAAUUAUCAGUCUCUGAAGAGAAGAACUCUGCACAAAAAAUCACUGGACAAGAGCUUUUACCUACAGAAGGAGCUGAGACACUCCACAAGAUUAAUUCAGUCACAUGCAGCAAAUUGUGGCUGAUGUCAGGGUCAGAGUAACCCUGGUAGAAAGCACAAUUUCCCUUGGAAACGAGGAUCAUGCAAAAGUCUGGAAUCUCAAUCUCCAAAAGAAUGUGCUGCUCACAAUAUAUUGUUCAAAAGGAACAAGCAUUUCUAGAAUGUGUUUUCAAAUAGAAAUUUUUCAUGUUUUAGUUAAGGGUUUUAGCAGUGUGAUGACAGAAUGUGGGAAAAUAAAGCCUUCACUAUGAGAUGGAGUCCUGGCAUCGCUCAAAAGCAAAGGACCACAACAGAAGGUAAACAGAGCUUGAGAUAAUCAAACCUGGCGCCAGUGAAGGAACAAGGAUUCACUUGGCAAAGAAGCACUUCUCAUAGACACAGAUUUGCUCGUCACUGUUUUGAAUAUGGAACUACAAGCACAAACAUGGUCAGAGCAUGUGGCUGCCAUGAAAAGCGCACUGCACGGACAGGAGAGGGUCUUACCAAGCAGAGAAGGAAUUAGAAGAUGCAGGCACACCUGAUGAAAAAGUUAGCAGUGCUGGAGAAGAGAAUUUGAAUGUCAGAAUAAAAGAGCUGGAAAAGUCAGAGGAAAAACUGAAAAAUGUUCUAGAGGAGUAUGUGGAGUCAGAUUCCAUCCUAAGAAAUAGGAUGAAAGAGCUGGAGCUGUCCCACAAAACACUUCUUGUGAUGAUUGAUCAGCUUUGUGUGAAGCUGGACCAGGUUGAAAAUGCCAAUCUGCGCGUUAAAGGGAAACUGCAAAGCAUCCAGGAGGACCUGAUGCACUUGGUUGAAAACCAAAAGAAGUCAGAGAAGAAGCACAAGGAAAAAUUGCGUUGGCUUCAGGAGCAGCUGAAGACAAAGGAAGAUGAAAUAAAAAGCCAGUCAGAAUAUUUUGAGCACUACAAACAAAGGCAGAGACAGCAGACAGCAGUACUGAGGAAAAGGGACUGUUACCUUCAGGGUGAGGUAUCUAGGCUGGAAAAGCAAGUCCUAGAUCUUAAUGCCCAUACUGCUCUUUUGACAUCCAAGUUAGAAGAGGGAAUGGUGCAGCACCUCCAGCAGAAGCUGCAGUCAGUGUGCAGUGGGGCUCAGGGCUGUAAACACCCUGGCAGGGAAGAAAUGGAAUGGAAGAGUUAUAUUGAAAAUGUGGAGCAUGAUGUGAAAAGCCACUUCAAGGCAUUUCAGCAAAACCUGAAGUUCUUGAGGGAAAAAGAAGAGAACACUAGAAGAGAACAGGCAGACCUGCUGACUGAACUGCAGUGCUCUCAGAACACUGAAGACUUCCUCAGAACAAAAUUGGAAGAAUCUCACCAUCAUGUCUAUAGUUUAAAAUUAUCUGAAAUCAAACUACAGGAAAAAGUGGAAGAGCUUUUAGAUGAAAACAGAACUUUAAAAGAUCAAAGUAUUAUGAAGUUGAAAAAGAAGAAUGAAAAAUACUCAGAACUUACAAGAUUGGUGGAUGGGGACAACAGUGUUGACCUGAAUGGAGAGCUAAUUCAAGAUGAAGUUCAGAAUCUGAAAUGGAGGGCAGUCUUGGAUUCACUCAGAAGCAGAGCUACUCAAACUCCAGUUGUGCUGCUACAAGAUAAAGAGUCUGAAACACCAGCCUGUAGUUGUGAGGGACCAAAACAGAUGGAGGAGGUACCAGAAGAUCUUGUACCAGUUUUGGAAUGCAGUUCCAGAGCCUUUGUGAAAGUUGCUGCUCUAGCUGAGACUGAGCAGGUCACCCUUGGACCACAGAGGGCAAAUCCUCUGGAGGACACUUCCACUUUGCUGAGGUGUACCCCAAGUCAUCACGCAGCAGGACUGCUUCCCCCUUGUUCUGAGAAGUUACCCAAUGGUGAGACAAGUAAGGAAACUGAAGAUGAAGAAACCCUUUUUCUCUUGAAGGAGCACGCUAUAACUCUACCAGUGAAGACAUUCCCUGCUUCUGUGGUUGAAAUCUUAAUGAGGAAGGAGCUCCAGCUGACCUUGUUUGAGCCUGGAAGAUGUCACAUAACAGCUUUCACCACUGAAGAGAAAGUGAGGAAUUUGAGUUUCUGUGAGACAAAUACUAAUCUUUGGUCUGAUGGCCUUUGCUUUGUUGCAGAAGAAGGACUUUAUGACAGAGCUACUGAACUUCUCCAUGGAACAUUGCCUUCCACUGCGGCUGAAAUUUUCACAUCUAUAGAGGAAUGCAACAUGGAAAAACAUUGGGGAAACAAGCAAAUUCUGCCAGGAAGUGUGAGUGAGAACAGAUAUCUAGAUAAAGAUGUUGAUGAUGAAAAGUAUCACCAAAAAAUCUUUACAGGGAGAGCUGAAAGAGAAGAAAUACAGAAUGACAAAGCCCAGCAAGGACAGGUGACCUGUGGUCUUGAGGAAAGUUCUAAAGUUUCCUACAAAACUGAAUUAUUCUGUCCUGGGAAGCAAGGAGUGGAAGCCAAAGAGAGUCUCCAUAGCAUGCAGGGUGCCCAGAGUUUAUCUGUUGAUUUUAAAGACUUUAAAAAAUGUGUCAAAGGGAGUCGUGAACGAAUGGAGAAAGAAGAAAAUAUUUCAGAAAUCUGCAUCCCUGAUGUGAAUAGUGGAUGUAAUGGAGAAGACAUAAUUGAAAUUGAAGGGAAAGGAAAGCAGGCUCAGAAACCAACUCACCAAACAAGCCCCUCCAGCAAUAUUGGCCUGGCAAAAAGGAAAGACCAGACCUCAAAAUUACAUGAACCAAAUAAGAAUUUCUCAUGUCAAAAAGCAGCUGCUAAAAUUGUGCAACAUGAAUACUCUCAGAAUUUUUUUUUAUUGAAUGAAGAGACGUAUCCACUAAACUUGUUGUUUCCUCUGCAAGAGGGGCCUGUGUGCUUAAGCAAACUAUUCCAGCCAGGGAACAGUUUUUAUAAAUGUAUCUGUCAUCCGUCAACCUGGGGAGCUGGAAAUGAGUGUAACGUGAGAAUAUCUGUACUGGAAAAGGCAGUGGCUGCGUGUUCUCAGAGGAUAUUUCUGCUGAUGCAAGAGAAUGAGAAUUACUCCAAAAAAGUCUGUAUAUUGCAACAGGAGAAUGACAGAUAUGUUCAGAUGAUGUGUGCCCUGGAAGAGGAGAUGGAUGCAUAUUUUCAAAAUGUUUUAGCAGCAGAUGAAGCUAAUGUUCUUUCAUUCCAAAACUUACUUAAUGAGAAAGAAGUUGCUGGUGGAUGUUAUAACAACUAUACAGAAGAAAGUACCGUGACCCCAGGAACAUUUUUAGUUGCAACUUUUUCUAAGAAUCUCUCAUAUACUGAAGAGAAAAACAGGAAUUCUGAAAAAGAUUCAUGGACAAUUGCAUCAAAUAAACUUGACGGGGGCGUUCUAUCCCUGAAUAGAUGGAAAAUGAGGUUCUUCCAGCUGCUUUCUGACCUGAAAGAAGAAAGAAGCAGGUGCUUCAAAGAAAUGGCUAAAUUAUUACAAGACAAGGAGAACUAUGUAGCACAAUAUAAUGAAUUAAUGCAGGAGAGAAAGAGAAAUUUACAAAGAAUAGCUCUUUCAGAAGGCGAAAAAGAAACUUUGUUGAGACAUGUGGCAGAGAUAAAAUGUGAGCAAGACAAAUACAGGACCUUAGUUUCAGAACUCCAAGACUGCAAAACUAGCUGUUAUCAAACCAUUUCUCACUUACAGGAAGAAAAAUGUGUACUGCAAAGAGACAUAGACAGAAUCAAGCAAGAAACUUCAGAACAGCUGGAUCAAUUUCAGAAAGCAAAUGUGAACAUUAUUUUAGAAAAUAAAAAUUUAAAGGAAUUAAUGUCUUCUCUGGGUUUCACCUAUGAAGAACUAAGAAAAGAGAAAAGUAUAGGAAUAAAGACAAAUAUAAAACUGAAAGAAGAAAGUCAACAACCUGGUCUUAAGCCAAAGAAAGUUGAAACAGCAUGUAGUGUAACACAAACUGAAGAACAGGGAGCUCUGGCUGUAGAUCCUUCAGAUUAUUCCCCUGGGAAAAAGGGCAGCAUGUUUGAAAGCUACAGCACAAUGAAAGAGCAAGUUGGAAAGGUGGAAGAGAAACUAAAAAUACAGCAAAAGGAAUUAGAAAAAUCAAAAAAAGAGGCUCAGAAGUGGUACAGAGAGCUUGGUUUUGCUGAAACAAGGUAUGAAGAAACCAAAACUCGUUUGAUGCAGGCUCUCUCAGAAUUAGACCACCUUAAGCAAGAAGUUGGGGACAAAAUGCAGGGAAAGCAGCACUGCAAAUUAAUGCCUGUUUACACAUUGAAGGAUGUCCAGGAAAAAGAGAUUAAUAAAAUAGCCAGUAAGAGAUUAGAGCAGCAAGUGUUGACCUUGAAAGCCCAGCUCAGGGACCAGGCUGCAUUACAAAAUCAGUUUCAUGACUUGCAGAAUGAAGUGGAACUCCUUCAGGCUCGGCUAUGUGAAAAGGAGAAAGAAAUGCAGAAGAGGAAGUCUGAAGUGAAGUUGACAUUAGCUCCUCUGAAGGCUAAGCUGGCUUGCCUCACCCAAAAGUGCCAGGAAAGGAACAGCUUCAUUAGGAGAAUGCAUGAUGAAUUCCACAGGCAAGGAUUUAUUAAUUCUGCAUUUGAUGAAGAGAUGCAGAACCUGGUGAAUGACAUGACCCUGGCAGAGUACAUGGCUGCUUUUACACCAAUGUGUGAUCAAGAGAAGCUGCCUUCCUCCACAGAUGUUUCCCAGGCUAAUGGACAGCCAGAGGAUUGUGUGGCAGGUGCCAGAGGGAACAGGAGGAUUGGGUCAGUACCUGCAGACUCUCAGCCAGGGAGGGAUGGCCCCCAGAGUUCUCCCCUCACCCCAAAUGUGAGUGCUGGUUCUUCUGUUGGAAUAGCAAGCCCAGAGAGGAUCACAGCCUUGCAUGGAGAACUAAGAGAAAACCAUCCCAAAACCUGCCAGAUACCUCCAGCUGUCCCCUCCAGCUCAAGCCCUUGGGCUGGUCCCAGCCUGCCCAUGAUCCACGGGGAAGCCCCCUGGCCUCUGCUGCCAGGGCUGGAGGAUGCUGCAGUGCCCUGGAGCGUGCCCUGCUCUGGGCCACGGAGGGGAGGGAUCGGCCGUGGAAACACCGUGGCAUCUUCUGGGCUCAGAGGGGAAAUCAGCAUGCAGGUGCUACUGCCCAGGGAGUGAAACACAAAAAUGCCAUUGUGAAUGAGGCAUGGCUCUCUGGAGAAAAAACAGAUGGCUCAACCCCAGCUACCACAGCAGAAAGCUAUUUGCCAGACGUGUUGUCAGCAAGUAAUAAAGGUCGAUGUCCUAUGGGGAGAAAUCAGCUGCAUGGGAAAGAAUAAAACCUGCAGAAAUAAAACAAGGGAUGAGUUUACCUUGGUUCAAUAUGUAUUAUUUAACAGUGGAGAGAGGCAUCCUGAUGUUCAAUUCAGAGAUGAGGAUGAACUAGGAUGUUGCAAUAACUUACAAUGCAGAAUGCAAGGGAAGACUGCAUCAGUCACACAGAAGAAGCAGUAGAGCUCUGAAGGAUGGAUGAAAUGUGGUUUGGCCUGAAGGUGACUGCAGCUGCUCCAUUAUGGGAAAAAGUGAGAAGUUGUCCUAAGUUGCCAUCUGCACCGCCAUUUUAGCCACCUGCUGUAGUGGAAGCUGGCCAUGCACACCAAGCCAAAGUGUGGUUUGAGUCUGAGUUUUGUUUUGUUUUCUUGGGAUCUCAGUAUUUGCAUUUUAAAGCAAUUACCAAGUUAAGCACAAUCUCCAUCUUCAUGGGUCUGCUUAUGUGGAUAUGCAGUAUCUUCAGCCUUGUGUGGCUUUGAGCAUUCCUGAAAGAGCCUUUGAUCUGAGUUGGGAUGUUUAGUAUAUCUGAGGAUGUGAUACUUGAGGGUACAAACUUGUUUAGCAAAUGAGACAGAAUGGCAUUUUUACAAGGGUAAGUUGGAAUUGGGAAUGAACUUCAUGUGUGCUGAGAGGCACUUGGAACAUCAAAGUGCUCUGUCCUGAUACUCUGAGUAUUUCAACCACAUGAAUAGGCCACACUGAAUUUAACUUUCAGAUAAAGCACUUGCAGGCACACAUGCUUCUCCUGAAACAGGAAUGUUUGUGCACUCUGGCUGGCAGCAGCACGAAUGACGCAAACACAUUUUGCAACCAUGCUGCCCAAUACAGAUUACACUCCACAGCCCUACUGUUCACCUCUGAGCACCCUUUGGGAAGGCAGGAGAUGGGAGUGCAGGCACCAGACCUGGACCUAAGGAGUCCUGUGGAUCCAUUCUGUAACUAGAGGCACAGGCAGUUGAGUCAGUGGCAAUACUCAUGCUGACCUGGAUGGCAGCAGCUGCUCUCCAACUCUUACAUUGUGAUGCACUUUCAGCUUUGAUAACUGUUUUAUGACUUGUAUUUCCCUUUUUCUUUUUUAACGAGCUAACUGCUAGGAUGUGCUGUCUUUACAAUGCGUAGUUGCCCAGUAAUUACAGAUAUCCUUUGAAAGGAAGCAGAAGAAGAAUAAACCGUGGAAUCCCAAAUCAGAUUAAUGUAAUGUGCAUUUCUAGAUUACAAUUAGUAACAGGAUGACAUGUUGUCAUGGUAACAUGAAGCUUAACUACAAGUUCCUAAAAUAAAGCAAUGACAUAUGUGUAGGUUUCUAUCCAUUUGCAUACUAUCCACAUGAAAACAUACAUAAUUUCUACAACACUCAGGCAAUUAAACCCUACUUCUUUCUUCUGAAUUAAGUGUUGAACUAAAAUAUCAGGCCUCUUUCCUAGUAUUUAUGCAAAAUCUCCCACUAUAAAUUAUAAAUGUUGAUAAUGAAGCUAUCCAUUUUGUAACAUCUUAAGAUUUCUGCCUUUUGGUUUCAUUUUAGAACAAUUAGUGUAAGGAAUGUAGAACACUCUUCUUUCUUCGUGGUUUGUGCCACAUAUAAAUUCUUGAAAUUCAUUGAAAUUCUUGAAAUUCUACCACCUCCUCAUAUGAAAAUUGUCCAACCAAUAUUGGAAAAGUCUUCUUAUUAAUUACAUUGAUAGACCAGUGGAUGUGUUUCAUGUGGCUGAGAAUUGGGAACUAAAACCCCAACUUUACCUCAAAUCACUGGAAGAAAGCAGUAAACUUUUCACGUGAGAUUGCUAGCUAAGACAGAGAGCCUAGUUAUUAUUUUCUAGUUGCCUUACGGUGAAAAGUGUUGUCUACUUGUUAGAGAGUCUGAGUAUCUUUCACUAAGCAGAAGUUAACUUGUUUAAUGUGCUGUCUGUGGUAGAGUUACCAGAGCUUUAUGUGUAUUGUCAUUUCAUGGUAAAUCUUCAGAGAAUGAAAAAUUGGGCGCUUUGUUCUGAUUGCUUUAUAUGCACAACAUUGUUUUGGCCAAAUUCUUUAGUCAAAAUUAAGAUGCUGCUAAGUUCUGUGAGUAAAUGCAAUCUCCUUCUGUCACCCUAAUUAGACAAGAUGGGCAAUGUUACAUGGAAAAUAUGGUUUCUUUGGCAGUUCACUUAUUUAUGUAUACUUUACUGUAUAGACCAUUGGAGGAUAUUGAAAAUACAGCUUACAGGUUGCUCCUUAAAUGACCUUUAAAUCCCAAAUUCUGUUCUUCACACCACUAUGGUUGGCAAAUGCUGCAAGUACAAUGAUUGACUCUGGCGUGAUAACCACGUUAUAUUCAGAAUAAUGGAGUUGCUGGGAAAUGUGUCACAUACACAGCAGAGUUCCCAGGAUAAGCUGCCUGCUAAAGCAUGGCUGAUGUUUGUCCUUGUGGCCUUUUGAAAAGUGGAAACUCUGAUUUUUGUGUUUCAUAAAUCUACCUGUAUUUGCCCAUGAAGGUUUUUAAUAUUUGAAUUUACUGUGGUUAUGGGGUGGAGGGAGGGACAUGUGCAUGCUGGGUUUUGCCACUAAUCCUUUGGAAAUCCUUUAGUGCCUUAAGGAGGCAGAGGGGUAACAGGCCCUAGGAUUACAGAAACUUGUUCAAACCUCUUUCCUGCUUUAAAAGAAUUCCUUUAAAAUAUCUUGUGCCUUUGGCUCUAAAUAUAUUUGCAUUAGAAAUCAGUAGCCAUGGGAUUAUGGACAGGAAUUUUUGCCCCUGUAGAAAUGUUAGGAAAGACAGCAUACUAUUUCUUGUCUAGGAUAUCAUCUAAAAAUAUAGCUGACUUAAAUUCUACAGUUGGGAUCCAUACUAGGAAAGUUGCAAGUUGCAGUUAAAGGCAGAAAAAACCCACAAAAAAUGGAGAAAGCUUAAAUAUACUGGACUAAAUGCUUUAUCAUUGAAGUGACUGGCAAAUUUCCAUGGGGUUUCUUGGGACCAAGAUUUCAUGCUUGCUUCUACUUGGCUUAAGAAAUUCUCAGAUGUGGUAGAUAUGUGGGUAUCAUGUUCUCUUUAAUGUUGUAGGAGAGGAAAAGAGAGAUUAGUAGUUUUGGACACCUGCCUUGAUUUGGAGUUUCUGGGUAUAAAUCUGUGGUAUAAAUCUCUGUUCACCAUUGUUUCUGUGUGUAAUGUGGACUCUUGCUUUGGGAAUAUGAAUAUGCAAAUGUAAAUUCCAAUGUGAGAGGUUCCUGUGCAGUGUGCACGAACCGAUGCCAAACAACUACAUUUCUCUACUCUCUGAACUGUGGUAUUUUUCAAAAAGAGGGAAAAUGUAACUAACAGAUGAAAACCACUCCAGUGCCAAAAAAGCCUGCAUGAGGCAAUUCAUAUAUCACUCACUGAUGGUCCUAAGCAGCUCUUAGGAAAAGCUGAAUAAGCUUUUAACUCAUGAGUGAAUUUUAUCUUCUAGGAAUUAAGAACAAUUUGUUGGUACAGAGCUAAAUAAAAAAAAAAAAAAAAAAAAAAAAGAAGGCCUGAAAAUCAGACUGGUGGUGGUCUUCUGUUUUGCUCCCUGUGAUGACAAGCAAGUUUUAAAGAAUUUGUAAAUAGUUAAAAGAAAAUCAUUACGUGGCUCCCAGUAUGUAAGACAAGGCCCAGCAUGAAACAGAUUUUUAUAGCUCAUUUAUAACUUUACACUUCUGUCUUUUGUUUGGAACUUGGAAAAGGAAACCAUGUAAAUUAAAUAAGGAGUGAAGACUUGCUGCACAUAUUUGUUGACUGAAACAAAAAUAUUUCCCCACCUCCUGAGGUAUUUAUGACUAAUCUGGGAUGAAUAAAGUAUGGAGGUCUUGCCUUGUGAGCUCUAGUGCUGUGCAACAACUGUUUCACACUUUUGCACAGCCAACAGAGGAGUGGUAACCAGAAGUCAUGAAGAGCAGUUGUUAGGGCCACAAAUUUAGAUCCAUUUGAAGAGGUACCAAAGAAUGCACAAAAAAAGCUGGGAUUUAUGUUGUGAUACUUAUUGAGCAGGUGGCGCAGUUAGACUGGGGAGGGAGGGGUGUUUGUAAAUAAAUGCAAAAAGUUUAAACUCUGACCCAUGACCACCCUGCCACUGGGUGUCACAUUAGUUCUGGCUAUGUGAGAAGCUUCAAUAGUAUAAAAGAGGCCACUCAUAUUUUAACUGUUUCAUUAAAACUUUCUGGAUAACUCUUCAGCAAAGAUUUCCACUCUAAGACAUUUGCCAUUGAUAUCAACUGUACAUAUGUAUUAAUAUUCAGUGUAACUAGGAGGAUACAGAAUUGUAAUGAAGUCACAAAGUCUACUUGAUGAUCACAGAUUUGUAACUCUCACAAAUUAUGUAAGAUAUGUUGACAUUUUAUCUUGUUAACAAGAUGUAUUUUUCUAUGUUAGCUAAAUGUAUAAUUUGUAUAAUUUUGUAUAUUAAAUGUAUGC